AUGCCACCAUUAGGUUAUGUGACCUCCUACGCUCCCCGACUGCGCCAGUAUGCCAAUUCGCUGGUCUCGCCCGUUCUUCCUACUGCGCCGGCCGCCGCGGCCGUGAGGACCACGAAGCGCGGAACGGUGGUCGUGAAUUAUGCGGAGAACGACUAUGACGACGAUGAUUUUGACGACAGCGAAGGGCCCAGGCGGCCGACAGGGUUGCGCAGCUUACGGAGGGAGGAAUUAAACCCCCUUCAGGGUCCGGCGGGUGAGAAACUGGGCAAGGAGAUAUCUGCGCCUGUCAACGUCCAAGCCAACUUUCGAGACUGGGUUGUUAGAAAAACAAUCAAAGCAGGGAGAGAGAGACACUUGAAGUCUCAGGCGCAACUGCCCGUGAACCUCAUACCGAUACGAAUCGACCUCGAAGUUCCAGCGUACCAGCCUGCCGAACCGUUCCCAUUACCGCGAAACUACUUGGAGGCCGGUAUCAAUCCUACCCUACCCGCUUACAGAAAGCCCGAAUCGGCACCCCCAUAUAGAAUAAAAGAUACCUUUCUUUGGAACCUUCAUGAGGCCCUGACGACACCAGAGGAGUUUGCGUCGGUGUUCGUGCGCGAACUGGACUUGCCAAAUCCGCAGUCAACGGCUAUGGGGAUUUGUAACCAAAUUCGACAGCAGCUGGAGGAAUACGCAGGUGUUGCGAUGCACCCCCUAUUUCAGACGACAUCAAGCCAAGUAAAGCAGAUAGAUGCUGCUCCUAGGAUAAGCGUCACUGGGGAACGACCGAUGACGCCAAUGCAGACAACUCCCGCAACCCCUGUUGCUCCCUCUGACAGCAUAAGCACUGGACAGCAGGAUGGAAAUGCCCAGCCAGACCCAUCCGCAAGCGAUGCGCCGUAUGAUCCCGACGAUGCGUACCGAUGCAUCGUAGGCCUUAACAUAAACCUCCAAAACAAAUUAUACAGUGACAAAUUUGAAUGGUCGCUCUUACAUUCCAGGGGGAUGGCCGAGCAGUUUUCAAAAGUUACUUGCGCGGAUCUUGGUCUUGGUCCAGAAUGGGCAAGUUCAAUCGCCCACGGAAUCUAUGAAGCUGUCUUGAAGCUGAAGAAAGAAGCAUGCGAGAGCGGCGGCCUUAUCAGCAGUACAGGUGGCCUGGGAGCUGAAAUUGAUAAUCAAACAGCAAAUGGCAAAGAAGCCGGUUGGCGCUACGACCCUGAUACUCUAGGAGACGAAUGGGAAACUAGAGUCGAGACUCUAUCCAAGGAAGAGAUUGAAAAACGAGAGGGCGAUCGAGAACGACAGAUCCGAAGGCUUCGACGAGAGACUGCUAGGUUUUCGUCGACGGGCGCAGUUGCAGUUGCUGCACCAGAGCUAUCGCGGCAAGGUUCCGGCAGCUAUUUCGAUGUACCAGACGGUAGCGAGACACCUAUGGGCCGUGGAGAGAGAAGUAAGAGGAAACGUCGACUUAGAAGUCCUAGUCCAACUGGUCGAAGCGGAACCCCCGGCGGAAGGGGCACGCCAGACACUGGUGGGACUGCUGGUUACGGAGGUGGAGGAGGAACACUGGCCGAAUGGGAGAGACAGGCAUGGCGCUGUGCCAAUUGUCUGGUUUGGGGCUCCGCGGUGUGGGCAGUAAGGGAUGGGCCAGCAGGGCCAAGGUAUGAAUGCAACAAGCGACUACCAGCAUGGCAGAAGGGUCUUCAUUAUGUUGACCAUUCAAUUGUCCGCUAA